AUGGGUAUCCGCGGGUGCAGCGCACGGCAGAAGAGGAGGCUGUCGUACGCGUACGCAUGUGUAGAGUCGUCCGGGAAAGUGACACCUCGCGGUGGCCGCACGGCGUUCACCACGCUCGCCUUCUGCGGCCUGUCGAUGCUGGGCCCCUUCUGGCUGUCCAUGGCGGCGCGCUUCACCUACGACUGGCGUGCCGUGCAGGCGAGCCUCGCGCUCCCUGCGGCCCUGCUGGUGCUGGCCACCUUCUGGAUGGAGGAGUCGCCGCGAUGGCUCGUCGUGACGUGGCGCUUCGCCGAGGCCGAGCGCGUGGUCUUCUGGGCGGCGCGCGUGAACGGCCUCAACCUCGACGAGCUGCGACCCCUGUUCGGCGAGGUCGUGGAGAACGUCAAGAACCGACGCGACGGCUUUCCGGCCACCCCGCCCGGUCCGCCGUCCUUCUGGGACCUGCUCCGGUGCAGCUGCGUCCGGUCGCGCUCGUUCCUUGCGUUCGGCUGCUGGUUCUUCGCGCUGCAGGGCGCCGUCUGCAUGAGGCCCCGCGGCCGACUGCGAGGCUUCGGCGAGGUCGAGGUGGUGAUGGCGUACGUCAUGGCGCCGCUCCUGGCUCUCCACUACGGGCUCAUGAAGGCGUGGGGCCGUCGGCGGACGCUGGCGCUCAGCAUGACCCUCGUCUCGCUUCUCACCACGGCCCUGGCCGUGGUGAUAGUGCUGAAGCAGUGGUUCCUCUUCAAGCUCAUCAUGACGGUCGCCAUGCUCGCGCUGCUGUGCGUGCUCGCCACGCUGUUCGUGUACACGGCGGAGGUGUUCCCGACCGUAGUGCGAGGCGCGGGCUACGGGGGCGCCACCGUCUGCGGUCGCCUCGGAGUCCUGGUGGCCAUGGCCAUCAGGUACGUCGUCCGCUUCGACCCUCUCGUGAAGGACGUGUUCGCCCUCCUCCUCGUGUCGCUGGGCAUGUUCACAUUCGGCCUGCUGGCUCUGCUGCUGCCGGAGACGAACGUCUUGAGGGUUCCGGACACCAUCGAAGAGGCCGAGCAGGAGGAACCCGUCCGCGUCGACUCGCUGCUGCAGAUACUGCUGCGCAGGCGAGCCGGUUACACCUCGCAGACCAAGCUGUGACCGCCGGACGAUGCGAGGCGGCGCUCGCGUCCGAUGCUCCGCAACUUGGGCUCGACAGUGACCGCAGCUUCGGGUAGAACUUUCAGAAAGUUCCAUCCUAUGCUGACGCGUGUUACCCUUUACGGAAUGCCGGUGACGUAGACGCGAGCAGCGGCAAUAGUGGCGCCGUCUUGCGACGUCGAGUGCAAGCAGAACACGUGAAACUGUUAUUGCAGUGGCCGACUAUGUUCGGCGUGGCUCCUGGAGUAAAGAAAAGAGACGUUUUUUAAUGAGCGUUAGACGGAUCGUUCCGUGUAUGUGGUUUUUAUGUUCCUGGACGCUUCGUUUUGUGUCGUCCAGCUUUACUUUUUGCCUGUUACUAGCGCCUACGUCUUCACCACCUAGUGUGUUGGGAAACGAAUUAGCGAAUUUUUUUUAUUAAACACUG